AUGCGUCUCCAAGCUGCCCUCAUAGGCCUUAUCUCCGUCACCACGGCGUCCAACCUGCCAUCACCACAGCACUUCUUCGCGAACCCGUCCUCCAGCGAUGGAUCCGGCUUCAAGAUCCCAACGGUCCACGAGUCCGCCGUCCAAGCUCGCAGGAUCAUGCGCCUAGAAAACAUCGGCACCUUAUCUACCGUCUUCCCAGACUCUCACACCACUGAGCAACGACCCUCGGAUGUCGGCGGCGCGCCCAUAGGCUUGAUGGACUACUUCGGCGACUGCGAGUCCGACUCAGGCAACCCGACCAUCCUCGCCAUCACCAUCGCGACCUCCUUCAAGAACGUAGAUGCCGGCUCCAACAUCACCCUGAGCAUGCGAUGGCAUCCCCAGGACAACAAGUGGCGUAGUCCCGCAUCUCUCCCUCGCUUCUCACUCGUCGGACGACUCGAGGACAUCGAUAUGGAUGCUGUCAAGAAGCUGGGUGUGACGGCUUGCUAUGUCAAGAAGCACCCGGAUGCUGCAUGGUGGCUGCCAGGCAGUGGCAUUCACGAGAGCAAGUGGGUGCGUCUCGUUGUCGAGGAGAUAUACUGGAUUGGAGGCUUCGGAGACCGUGCAUACAUUGGAUGGAUUCCCAAGGAUGAAUGGUACAGCGUUACUCAGGAGGAGAUUGAUGGCGUUCAGCUGCCUGGAGAGAAGCAGAGUGCCUGGAACACCCUCGGAAGCUGGUUCGGAAUAGGCCAGCAAGAGGAUGGAGCGUUUGAGCUCUAG